UAUUUUUAAUGUUUUUCUCCUGCGCACGUGCAUAUUUGCUAGUAAAUAAAGAAAACCUACUCCUGAUAAAAAGUAUAUAUGGAUUUUUUAUCCGUAUCAACACACAGGUAAUUUUACUAAUUAAAAAAAUAGAUGGACCAGACGUCCAGGCGUAUAAAUUUUACAUUUUUGUUGUAAAAAAAAUUAAAACAUUAUCUCCGGGCCACCCUGAUUGCCUGCCUAGCUGGCACCUGCAUCAUCAAAACCACCAACCCUUUUCCUCCCCUGCUUCGAAUCCUCCGCCCCUCGCCAAAAACCACCCUCGUCCUUGUCCACCCUCGCCGCCUCCGCCCAUUUCACUUCACCUCGUCUUCUUCUGUCACGCCUCUCCCCCCGCCGCCUCUCACGAAAGCACUAGAAUCCAUCUCCACUCGCCGCCACCACGCACCCCACGGUCAUGUCCCUCUCGGCGGCUUCGGCGGCGGUCGCCAGUAGCGCCGCCGCCGCCUACAGGUACGACACGAUCCGGCCGGUUUCUAGGCUCCGCUUCUGCGGCCUCAGGCGCGAGGCCCUCCGGCUACAAUCGCCCCGGUCCACGCCGCAGUUGGUGGCUGCUAGGCGGAGCGUUGUGUAUGCGGCAACGGCUGGCAAUGGCGCGGCUGCGAGCAGCGAGUUCGACUACGACCUCGUGAUCAUCGGAGCCGGCGUCGGCGGUCAUGGCGCCGCCCUCAACGCAGUCGAGAAGGGUUUAAAAACUGCCAUAAUUGAGGGAGACGUCGUGGGUGGAACUUGUGUGAACAGAGGCUGUGUUCCGUCAAAGGCUCUCCUUGCAGUAAGUGGUAGGAUGCGAGAACUUCAAGAUGAACAUCACAUGAAAUCACUGGGCCUACAGGUCUCAUCACCAGGAUAUGACAGGCAGGCUGUUGCUGACCAUGCAAAUAAUCUUGCAUCUAAAAUCCGCAGCAACUUGACUAAUUCAAUGAAAGCUCUGGGUGUGGAUAUACUCACUGGUAUUGGCACCAUUGUGGGGAAGCAAAAAGUGAGAUAUGGGAAAGUUGGUUUCCCAGACAAUGAAAUCACUGCUAGAAACAUCAUAAUUGCCACUGGAUCUGUUCCUUUUGUCCCCAAGGGCAUUGAAAUAGAUGGUAAAACUGUAUUUACUAGUGAUCAUGCACUAAAACUUGAGUCAGUCCCUGAGUGGAUAGCUAUUGUUGGAAGUGGUUACAUUGGACUUGAAUUCAGUGAUGUAUACACGGCUCUGGGAAGUGAGGUUACUUUUGUUGAAGCUCUUGAUCAAUUAAUGCCUGGGUUUGAUCCCGAGAUUGCGAAAUUGGCGCAGAGGAUCCUUAUUAAUCCUCGUAAAAUUGACUAUCACACUGGUGUUUUUGCAAGCAAGAUUACCCCAGCAAAGGAUGGCAAUCCUGUUUUGAUUGAGCUGAUUGAUGCUAAGACAAAAGAACACAAGGAGACACUUGAGGUGGAUGCAGCACUUAUAGCUACUGGAAGGGCACCCUUCACCAAAGGACUUGGCUUGGAAAAUAUCAAUGUCGUUACACAACGAGGUUUUGUUCCUGUUGAUGAGCGGAUGCAAGUUAUGGAUGCAACUGGCAAUGUGGUUCCUAAUUUAUAUUGCAUUGGAGAUGCCAAUGGUAAGCUCAUGCUUGCUCAUGCAGCCAGCGCACAAGGAAUCUCAGUUGUGGAGCAAAUCAGUGGGAGGGACAACAUCUUAAAUCACCUAAGCAUCCCAGCUGCCUGUUUCACUCACCCUGAGAUCAGUAUGGUUGGCUUGACAGAGCCACAGGCUAGGGAGAAGGCUGACAAGGAAGGAUUUGAAAUAAGUGUUGUAAAGACCAGUUUUAAGGCUAACACAAAGGCUCUGGCGGAGAAUGAAGGAGAUGGACUUGCUAAGAUGAUUUAUCGCCCUGACACUGGAGAAAUUCUCGGAGUUCAUAUUUUGGGCUUGCAUGCUGCUGAUCUCAUCCAUGAGGCAUCAAAUGCCAUUGCCCUUGGAACCCAUGUGCAAGACAUCAAGUUUGCUGUUCAUGCACACCCAACGUUGUCUGAAGUUCUGGAUGAACUCUUCAAGGCUGCCAAGGUUAACACAGGUGUUUUGCAUUCUAUAAAUGAGCCAGUUGCAGUGUAGAGAGGAACCAUAGUCAAAACAAUCCAUCUGCCGCAGCCCCACACCUCAGUUAUAUACCCUUAGUACUCAACUAGUCUGCUACUCACAGGAAGCUGAUUUUCUAGCCAUUCGCCGGCAUUUUUAUUAUGAGUUCCAGGAUUAGUGCCAACACUAUCUAUUUAAUGAGAAAAGAGAUAUCCAGUGAUGUAUCCUAUGUAUGGGAAAAAUGUAAAUUUUGUAGUCCUUGUAGAGAGUAAACGUACAGUGCCUUAACACGUCUUGUGAAUCUAUGAUUUGCUUGAAUUGAUAGUGUGGGCUUGUUUAGUAGAGCUCCACUCCCUGAUUCUCAAACAGUGAUGAAUCUUUGUGACUUUUUACAGAGGACAUGGGAUUCUCCAGGAGAAAUGCUCCAAACCUAAUAUUUAACUUUGGAGAGUGGUCUGAUGUAUCCCUUUUUAUAGGCUAAAUAUUUAGUGUAGACCUCCUAUUUGGUGGAAACGUGAAAACCCCAUAAAAACAUGUGUGUUUUAAAAAUAAUUGAGUGCUGCACAUUCAUACUUCAUCAAUGCAAAGUUGAGACAGACAAAAA